AUGCCUCGCAGCUUCAACAUAAGUGUUCCAGCUUCUUCCGCUAAUAUCGGUCCCGGAUACGACGUACUGGGUAUUGGUUUAGCGUUGUACUUGACGCUUGACGUUGAGAUUAAUGCCAAAAACGCGGAAGAUACCAAUUCGGAUCCAAACAACUGCAAAAUCACUUACACUGAGGACAGUGAGGGCUUUGGUAAUGUCCCUUUGAAGUCUGACGAAAACUUGAUCACCAGAACCGCUCUAUACGUGUUGAGAUGCAAUGGGAACAGAUCCUUCCCCUCAGGAACUAAAGUUCAUAUUCAUAAUCCAAUCCCACUGGGACGUGGACUGGGAUCCUCGGGGGCUGCCGUUGUGGCUGGUGUUAUGCUAGGUAACGAAGUGGGUCAACUAGGCUUCUCCAAACAGCGUAUGCUGGACUACUGCUUGAUGAUCGAACGUCAUCCAGACAACAUCACAGCUGCCAUGAUGGGCGGGUUUGUGGGAUCAUUCUUGAGAGAUUUGACGCCCGCAGAAAUGGAGAGACGGGAGAUUCCUUUGAGCGAAGUCUUGGGCGAACCUAGCGGCGGUGAAGACACCGGUUUGGUACCUCCUAGUCCUCCAACUGACAUUGGCCGCCAUGUGCGCUACAACUGGAACAGAGUUAUCAAGUGCAUUGCCAUUAUUCCAGCCUUUGAAGUCUCAACGGCGGAUUCCAGGGGUGUGUUGCCUCAGGCUUACACGGCUAAGGACUUGGUGUUCAAUCUGCAAAGACUAGCCGUGUUGACUACCGCUUUGACUCACUCACCUCCAAACCCAGAAUUGAUUUAUCCAGCAAUGCAGGAUCGUGUCCACCAGCCCUACAGAAAGACUUUGAUCCCGGGGCUCACAGAGAUUCUGUCAAGCGUGACUCCUUCGACGUACCCCGGUCUCUUGGGCAUAUGUCUAUCUGGUGCUGGACCCACCAUCCUCGCCCUAGCGGUAGACAAUUUCGAAGACAUUGCCUUGGAAAUCAUCAACAGAUUCGCCAAGAAAAAGAUCAGCUGCAGCUGGAAGCUACUAGAUCUCGCGUACGAUGGUGCGACGGUUUCCACCGAGAAGGUAAGCAACGACCUCGGUGAGAAAAACUGA